AAGAAUAGAUUGCACUCACCCAUGAGAUAAUGAUACACUGACAUCCGAUGAAUUCUGGAAAGACGAUGCCAUCCGGAGUUGAUGGAGACUUCCAUUUCUUAACCUAAUUUGGUGUUUUAGGGGAGAAUAAUGGAAUUUUCGGGAGGGAAUUAACCUGAAUGUUGUUAUUGAUGCCAUGAUGCCGGCAUGAGCACAAAAAAAUGCGACUCCAACGGAAUCUGAGUUACCAACGACAUUCUAACCUUCAAUUCCAUUCAAAAAAGCUCUGAAGUCUAGGGGUUUGUUAUUUUUUUGGGAUAAUUGGGAGUGAAAAUGUCUGGGGCGAAGAAAAUCAGUCAGCAUGACCUCAGGAAGGCCAUGAUGGACCACAAGAAGAAAGCGGGAGCUGUGAGGAAGAUUGAGUCACCACUGGCAAAGUACACAGAAACUGGCCAGCUAAUGUGCCUAAUCUGCAAAUCCAUAAUUCGAAGCGAGACAGUCUGGCCAGUCCACCUGAACUCAAAAUCCCACAGAGAGAACGUUUCAUCCGCAAAAAAAAUUCUAGAAACGAAGGAAGUUCCCUCGAACCCUCCGAAAGGUGACAGAACGUUCAAAAGACCCAGUUCCCCGGACAGAGAGUCGGACCCCCCGAAGAAGGUCAAAGGGAUCCUCAAGAGUUUCGAGACGUCCUCAGCCCUGCCCCCGGACUUCUUCGACAAUCCGAAUGGAGUGACUAAAGCCACAGUCGUGUCAGUCACGAAACAGACUGAGGAGUUGGUGAUAAAAGCUUCGAGGAGCGUUGGAAGUGCCAGAGGAUCUGAUGAGCCUAAGGAAGUUAAAGAGCCUGAAACCAGUAAUUCUGCUGCUCUGCCAGAGGGAUUCUUCGAUGAUCCAAUUUUAGAUGCUAAGGUCAGAAAUGUGGAGUACAAAGACCCCAUUGAGGAGGAAUGGGACAAGUUCCAGAAGGAAAUGAGGGAAGAAGCUGCCCAAUCUGCUCAGAUUAUCGCUGAGGAUCAGGAGGAAGCUACUACUGAGAGGCAACUGGAUGAAAUUGAGGAGCAGAUUCGUAACUGGUCCAGAGUGAUGGAUUUAGUUAGACGAAAAGAACAAGUCCAAGCAGCUGAAAAGAAGAAGGAAUCGGUGGAUGAGGACAUGUCGAGUGGUGACGAGAGUGAUUACGACGAAUUCUUAGAUUGGCGAGCAAAAACAUCGUACAAAUAGUCAAUGAAUAAACUCUCAUUCACCCCUCCAGUGUAAGAUAAUUUUAUUAAAAUGAAUCCAAAUAGCAAGACAUUACAGAUACGUCAAAUGUAAUAAAGGUAUACCAUCUUAAUGAG